UACUAAUAAUCAAUCAUCCAGGCACUCCCUCCCUCUCUUCUAUAAAAACCCGGCGAUGCCUGUGUUCCUUGUUCACGCCAGCAGCAAGCCACUCUACUAGACUCUAGCUAGCUACUUGUAGCGGCAUCAACUAGUACUCCUAGCUAGGAAGAAGAAGAGGAGGAUGGCUCCAGCUCCUCUAAUAAGCUGCCGGGCGAGUGUCCUGGCCGUCGGCCUGCUCCUGGCCGCCGCCGUCAGCGCGAGCGCGAGGCCUCUGACUCUGACGACGCUGGGUAGCGGUGCUAGUACCAACGCCACCAGCGGUGGUGGCCUGUCCGUCUACUACCACCUCGGCUCCUGCCCGCAGCUGGAGACCAUCGUCCGCUCCCACGUCGACGCCGCGCUCCGCCAGAACGUCCGCCUCACCGCCGGCCUCCUCCGCGUCUUCUUCCACGACUGCUUCCCGCAGGGCUGCGACGCCUCCAUCCUCCUCGACAACGGCGAGCGCAACCUGCCACCCAACGUCGGCCUCCAGCAGGAGGUGCUGCAGCUCAUCGAGGACAUCCGGGCCAAGGUGCACGCCCAGUGCGGCGCCACCGUCUCCUGCGCCGACAUCACCGUGCUCGCCACGCGCGACGCCGUCAACCUGGCCGGCGGCCCCGCCUUCACGGUGCCCCUGGGCCGCCUCGACAGCCUGGCGCCCGCCUCCGACAACGACGUCUUCAAGCUCCCGCCGCCCACCGCCACCGUGGACGAGCUCCUCACCGCCUUCAAGAACGCGGGCCUCUCCGACCCGGCCGACCUCGUGUCGCUCUCCGGCGCCCACACCGUGGGCAAGGCGCGCUGCAGCUCCUUCGGCGCAGUGUCGGGGCCCGCCGGGGACGACAUCACCAGGUGCAUCACGGAGACGUGCUCGGCGGCCGGCAGCGGCGACCGGCUGCGCGACCUCGACUUUUUGACGCCCAACGUGUUCGACAACCUCUACUUCAUCGAGCUGACGCUGAAGAAGAACCAGGGGGUGAUGCUGCCGUCGGACCAGGCGCUGGUGAGCGACUCGCGCACCAGCUGGCUCGUCCAGGGGUUCGCCGACAACCACUGGUGGUUCUUCGACCAGUUCAAGACCUCGAUGGUGAAGAUGAGCCAGCUCAAGGGGCCCCAGGGGAACGUCGGAGAGGUCCGCCGCAACUGCUUCAGGCGCAACGCCGCCGCCAGCCUCCAAGACGCCGGCGACGAGGGCCUUGCGGCAUCUGCCUGAGCUUGAGCUCCAGUAGUGAUCGAUCCCAUCCGUAGUUGUUACGUACUCCUCCUACUUGUGUUUGUUUUAUGGAGCAUAACGACGACGACAGUAGCAAUAAGGAAUGGAGCUAGGGAUGGCCGUGCACGCACGUGGUGGUAGGCAGGCUACCUGCAGGCACCUAAGCUAGGUAUCUAGUCACCAUGCAUGUCGGCAUCGACGAUCAUUGUUAAGUUAUGCUGCUGCUCCGCUUAUUACGCCGUUAGUUUCACUUUCACAUCUUAAUAAUUAUCUUCAAAUAACAUCGAUCGAUCACCCUUUUUCUUUUGCUUUUA